AUGACCCUGGCCAAGCCUCUUGCCAACGGCCUUCCCGUGGGUGCCAUUCUUGUGCGCGACCGUGUUUCCGAGCUGAUCAAGCCUGGCAAUCACGGAACUACUUUUGGUGGCGGCCCUGGCGUCUGCAACGUUGCCCGCGCCGUGCUUGGCGAGGUCCAGCAACUGCUGCCCAAGAUGCAGACCAACAUUAAGCGCUUUGAUGAGAUUCUAGAGUCGCUUCGUCAGCAGUUCCCAAAGGUCGUGCUGGACGUGCGCGGCAUUGGCUUCCUGCGCGGUGUUGAGCUGACUGCCGAGUACACUGCCAAGCAAGUCCAGCAGGAAGCCUUGCGGCACGGCAUUGUCAUGAUCACAGCCGGCAAGAACGUGCUGCGCCUGACUCCGCCGCUGAUUGUCGGCGAACCCCAGCUCGAGCGUCUCCGAACUGCUCUUACUUCUAUUUUCAAGUCGAUCAAGCCCGCUGCAUGAGUUUUUCUUUUGACGCGGGGGUUUGAGUUUUUGUUUGAGUUGGAUUUGCUGCUUUUUUUUUUUUUAUUUUUCUUGUUCCACAAUGUGAUCCAUUUUGGUUCCACUUUGG